CCACAGGCGGCAGAGGGGAAGAUGGCGGCUGUGGUACAGAAUGUGGUGAAGCUGUGAGUGGAACUGUCCCUCUUUCCCCCCCAGUUCCCCCCGGUUGGUUGUAAUGGUACCGCCCGAACCGUGAAGAAGUGCGCAGGAGGGUUGUUGGGGAAGAGUCCAUUCCGCUCGCGGGGGAGUUCGUGACGGGAGAAUGGAAGGCGAGGGCCUUGGUGAACAAUAUUACAAGGAUGCAAUGGAGCAGUGCCAUAAUUACAAUGCCCGGCUCUGUGCCGAGAGGAGUGUUCGAUUGCCGUUCCUGGAUUCGCAGACGGGGGUGGCGCAGAGUAACUGCUACAUUUGGAUGGAGAAGCGGCACAGGGGACCAGGUUUGGCGUCUGGCCAGCUCUAUUCCUAUCCGGCUCGGCGCUGGAGGAAAAAACGCCGCUCUCACCCUCCAGAGGAUCCGAGACUUUCUUUCCCUACCGUUAAACCAGACACUGAGCAGGCCCUAAAGAAAGAAGGCUUAAUCUCUCAGGAUGGCAGCAGUUUGGAGGCCCUCUUAAGGACAGAUCCUCUUGAGAAACGGAGCUUGCCUGAUCCUCGCACCGAUGAAGACAGCCUCAGCGAGUUCCCCGUUGCCAAUAGCCGCACCCGGAAGCGGAUCCUGGAACCUGAUGAUUUCUUGGAUGAUCUGGACGAUGAGGAUUACGAGGAAGACACCCCAAAACGACGAGGCAAAGGCAAGGCCAAGGGUAAAGGAGUUGGGAGUGCUCGGAAAAAGCUGGAUGCUGCCAUUUUGGAAGACAGAGACAAACCUUACGCAUGUGACAAUAGUUACAAACAAAAGCAUACCUCGAAACCUCCUGACCGAGUCUGUGGGAAGCGCUACAAGAACCGUCCUGGCCUGAGCUACCACUACGCUCACUGCCACCUGGCAGAAGAAGAAGGGGAGGACAAGGAGGACUCACAGCCCCCCACACCUGUCUCUCAGAGAUCAGAGGAGCAGAAAACCAAGAAAGGCCCCGAUGGCUUGGCUUUGCCCAAUAAUUACUGUGACUUUUGCCUGGGAGACUCGAAGAUCAACAAGAAGACAGGGCAGCCCGAAGAGCUGGUUUCGUGCUCAGACUGCGGGCGAUCAGGGCACCCCUCUUGCCUGCAGUUCACCCCAGUCAUGAUGGCCGCAGUGAAGACCUACCGCUGGCAGUGUAUCGAAUGCAAGUGCUGUAACAUCUGUGGCACCUCUGAGAACGAUGACCAGCUGCUGUUCUGUGACGAUUGUGACCGUGGUUAUCAUAUGUACUGCCUCACUCCACCUAUGUCAGAACCCCCGGAAGGGAGCUGGAGCUGUCACCUCUGCCUGGAUUUGCUGAAGGAGAAAGCCUCGAUCUUCCAGAACCAGAACGCCUCCUGAUUGCUCUUCAGUCUUGGAAGAGAGCCUUUGCUUGUCCACUCUUUCUCUUGGUUUUAGUCUUUCCUCGGCUUUUGGUCAGUGUCUCCCCUAUUGGUUGGAUCACGCGUACGCACACCCACACCCACGCCCCACUGCCUCUCCUUCUGUCAUUCCCCCCGCCCCACCCCCCGUGGCAGUUUGGGCUUAGAAACCCUUCCCACCCCCUUAACCCUGCAGUAAGAACUUCAUGGCCCUUUGCUCAAGAAACCCAGCAUCCGCGGCAGGCUGAGGAGCACCAAGUGGAGGGAAUCAUGUCCGCAGCCUUGAUAGAGCAGGAAAAAAAAGUCUUGGGAUUAAGCCAGCCGUGAUCUGGCAACAUUGACUUGGGAGCACGGAUGUUCCUUCUUGUCUCAUAUGCUUUUGGACUGAGGGUUCCGUCUGUAUGAGCAAGGUCGAAAGAAAAAGGAAAGAAACCUUACUGAGUACUCCUUACUAAUUUUUCCGUCCGCUUCCCUUUGUUCAGCACCAGCCCAGUGGCCUGGGACCCCCUUUUCCCCCAAAGCUUCCUUCCUCCCUGUAAGAAAGUCUUUUUGUCCCUAACGUGGUUCAAAAGUGGCACUACAGCAGCCUCUGAGAGGUUCUCGGGUGGCAUAGAAACCCAGCCCUGGGCAUCAUCUAGGAGCCAAGGCUUGGCACAGGCAAACGCAACAGCAAAGUAACUUGGUUUGCCUCAUUCAAAGCAAUCAUCUCUGACUUGCCAAAACAGGGCUAUAUCUUGGGUGAGUUGAGGAAAAUCCAGUUUGCUUUAGAUCAGGGGGGGAGAGUGUGUCCCAUCCCUUUCUCCACUCCGUUUACCAAGUUCCCCAAGUAUGGGCUUGGGUAACCGUUCCAUAUGCACAGAUCGACAUGGCGGUGGGUUUCGGAAUACUUUCUUCGGAAGUCCGUGUGUGUGUGUGUGUGUGUGUGUGUGAGAGAGAGAGAGAGAGCAUUUAAAAUUGUAUCAGGCUUUUUUUUUAAAAAAAAACACACACACUGGCAUUAAUCACUUCCUCCAUUUUGGGGAGUCUGCAGGGAUGUGUAAAUUGUGUGGAGGACUCCAAGAUCGAUUCAUUGUUUUUGGAAAAGAUGCUCGAGGUUGUCCAGAGUUAGGCAUCUUUUUGGUGGACGCUGGCUCUGCACCUUGGGGCUUGCUGAAAUGAGCUGCUUUUCUUUGUUAGAAACUUCCUUGAGUCCCCGCCCCACAUGUGUGCACGCACCAGAGGCAAGGCAUAGAGCGAGCACUGUCUCUUCCAUGUGCUUUUUCUCCCCCUUUGCUGCUUACUGAUGGAAGCGCAACGGGACCCGGGGAGCUGAAUUUCUCUUGCAGGAACAAAACCUACUUUUUCCACUUGGGUUAUCCUCCUCCCCUUUGCCCCCAGUUUGAGGAUUUGGUCUUGCUAAUAAGUAAUGCUUAAAAAAAAACACUUCCUGAAUUCCCACUCCUUCUCUCCCCCCCCCCCACCAUGACAAAGUUUUCUGCAACAUCCAGAUUGCAGAAGGAGAGGCGUUUCUCUGGAAUAGGGUUUUUGUGUAAUAAUAUACUUGUAAUGUGCCUGAUUUUUCUAAGAUUGUCUUUAAAACCUACCUCCAGCCUCCCCCUUCGCGCAUCCUUCCAUGCCCUCUCCAAAUGCGUCUGCCCUUCCUCUGCCCAAGUCUCCUGGUCUUUGCAGAAAGCAGGCAGAGACUCAGGACUGCCAAAGUGAGCGGGCUCUGCUUUCUCACCGGGUUGGGAGUGGCAAUACAGUCUGCACGUGGGUGCCAGGAUGAGUUGACUUGCGGCAUGGCUGAACUCCACAAAGGAGUCUUCCCCCAUUAUUCUCCCUUACCCUGCUUGGCAGGAGAGGUCGACCCUUUUGACUCGGUGCCUCAGACUUUGCUGGGCUGCCCAGGGUGAUCGACAUUGGAGUCCAGCAGACUGGUAAGGUACCCAGUGGAGGGAAUGAUGGAGAUGGGCCUUAGCGGGGCAGAUUUGGCCCAAGGAGAGCUAGGAACAAAGUGGCCGUUGGCAGCCAAGUGGAAGCUUUGACCCAGCCACCUUCACCGCCUGGUCAGUCCUUCAAGCGGACUUGAGGCUUGAAGGCUAAGAGGUGUCCGUGUGGUCUUGUGAGCUCAGUUACGUGUAAGGGAGAGACAGCUAUCGUUUGUGCACUGACUUGGCUCCGGAUUCCCUCUCAGCUGUAGCCUUUUUUUAAAAAAUAAACUAAACUCUUACACUUGAUUUCUCUCCCCAUACCCCAGGGGGAUGUGGGGGCCCUCAGAUGGACUGGCUGUCAGGCCCCAUGCACCAAACAAAGGGAGACCGUUGUAGAAAUGUUCCCUGGGGGUUGCUUGUCUCAGCUCCAGCCCGGGGCAUUAGGUCCUCAUUCGAAGCAUCACGCCUGUGUCUUAAAAAGAAAAAUUGCUACCCAAAUAAAAAACCAAAAUGGCUUCUUUGAACCUGUUUCAUGGUAGCCUGGCUCUCUGGGCUGGGGGAUAGUUUGAAAAUCUGUUCAGCCCUGCGACGUUGUGGGAGUUCCAUGCUCAGGUUAGUUCUGUCGGUUUGCGGGGUGGGGGGGAACAGGCUGUGAUACCUCAUUUUUUUCUCUCUGUGAUGCCCACAAACAGUUGUGCAGCUUCGCACCUCCUCUGCACUGUGUCCUAAUUUCCCCCCCUCUAGUACCUGCCUGUUCUCUGUUGAGUUGGUAGCUUGAUUUCCUCCUUCCUUUCCAAGCAUUUGAUUUGUACUCCUUUUAUUGCAUAGGUUUGAAAUUGGGGCUUUCUUUAAAAAGUAAACACUGAGACUUUUCAUACCCCCAAACCCAUCUUUUUAUCGCAGUUGAAGCUGAAAUAUAUUUUGGCUCCCUCCGAUUUUAUUUUAAGUCUGUAAUAAGCAUUAGCUAAUAAAUACUGCUUUUACACAGAA